GCGCGGCGGGCUCCACGAACUGGCGGGGUCGCUCGCUCGCGGACCAUGGCAACUCGGGCGAAGCGCCGGCGGGUGACCGGGCCUGUGGGCUGUGGCGGCGACCACGACCUGGACCCAGUGGCCGGCUUCCUGAGCUGGUGCGGGCGCGUGGGGCUGGAGCUGAGCCCCAAGGUGGCGGUGAGCCGGCAGGGCACGGUGGCCGGCUACGGCAUGGUGGCCCGGGAGAGCGUGCAGGCCGGGGAGCUGCUGUUCGCGGUGCCGCGGGCCGCGCUCCUGUCGCAGCACACCUGCUCCAUCAGCGGCCUGCUGGAGCGAGAGCGAGGCGCGCUGCAGAGCCAGUCGGGCUGGGUGCCGCUGCUGCUGGCGCUCCUCCACGAGCUGCAGGCCCCGGCCUCACCCUGGAGCCCCUACUUUGCGCUCUGGCCCGAGCUGGGCCGCUUGGAGCACCCGAUGUUCUGGCCGGAGGGGGAGCGCCGGCGGUUGUUGCAGGGAACAGGGGUCCCCGAGGCCGUGGAGAAGGAUUUGGCCAACAUCCGCAGCGAGUUCCAUUCCGUCGUGCUGCCCUUCAUGGAAGCCCACCCCGACCUUUUCAGCCCCAGGGUUCGCUCCCUGGAACUCUACCACCAGCUCGUUGCUCUCGUGAUGGCCUAUAGCUUUCAGGAACCCCUGGAGGAAGAUGAUGAUGAAAAGGAGCCAAACCCCCCAUUGAUGGUGCCUGCUGCAGACAUACUAAAUCACGUAGCCAAUCACAAUGCCAAUCUAGAAUACUCUCCAAACUGUCUUCGGAUGGUGGCUACUCAGCCCAUUCCUAAAGGCCACGAGAUUUUCAACACUUACGGGCAAAUGGCUAAUUGGCAGCUGAUUCACAUGUAUGGCUUUGUUGAGCCAUACCCUGACAACACAGAUGACACAGCCGACAUUCAGAUGGUGACAGUGCGAGAGGCAGCGUUACAGGGAGCAAAAGUUGAAGCUGAAAGGCUCCAGCUGCUCGAACGCUGGGAUUACUUAUGCAAACUAGAGAUGGUAGGGGAGGAGGGAGCCUUUGUGAUUGGGCGUGAAGAGGUACUGACUGAAGAGGAACUGACCACCACACUCAAGGUCCUGUGCAUGUCUGCUGAGGAGUUCAGAGAGUUGAAAGAACUGGAUGGAUGGGGAGAUAAAAGGGAAGAGCACAGCCUGACGAUCACAAAUAUCCCCAGGCUCAAGGAAUCAUGGAGACAGCUUCUUCGGGACAGUGUUCUGUUGACCCUGCAAGCCUAUGCCACAGACUUAAAAGCUGAGCAAGAUGUACUCAGUAACAAGGAGGUCUACAGCAACCUCAGCUGGAGGGAGCAGCAGGCCUUACAGGUUCGUUACGGGCAGAAGAUGAUCUUACACCAGCUGUUGGAACUGACGGGUUAAUGCUAAGCAGGUUCCCUGCUGCCUGAAGGAACAUCCCAUGAGGACUUUUCUAAGCUGAUACUCAUUGAUGCUUGAAAAGGAGGAAAAUUUGGAUCUGUCCUUUUGGUGUUUAAUAAGAAAAGCCAAAGGAGCAAAGGUGUGCUAGGAUGAACUCCAGAGGUAAGGGGACAUGUUUAAGGGUUGGGAACAGCAGACUUGGAAAGCUCUGCUAAUUGUCACCAAGACCAAUUACCCUCUCCCUCCCCCCCUUUUUUAAUUUUUAAGACCAAAACACUUUAUAGCUGUUU